AUGGAGGAAGGCAAGGAAACGUGCGGUCGUUUGAAGUCCUUGCGUCUGCAUUUCCCUCUGAAUCGCUACCUGUUGUUGUUUUUGUAUUUGUUGGUGGUGUUGGUACGGGGAUGCACCUACUGGGGAUGGAAUGGCAUUCAAGAGAUGCUGUACAAGUCCGGUGCUUAUCUUUGGGAAUGCGACGACCCCUCAACGAUCACGGAGUUGCGCGUGGGAGAUGAGAAAUACGUCGACUGCCCAGCAAGAAAACAAAUGUUAGGAGGCAUAUUUACAACUGCCUUGGGCUCUAAUAUGCUAUCCUCUUUCCUCGCCGGCAUUGUGUUAGAUGCUGUCGGGCCAAAGAUAACAUUAUUAUUUGGUAUCAUCAUGGAUACUGCGGGUUGGUUGUUGCUGGGGUUCUCGGGGGAGAGUUUCCGUGCGUAUUAUGCAGCAGCUUUCUGCAUUGGUGUUGCUGCUGAUCCUGGGUAUUUGCCUCUUUUAUCUAUAAGCAAGCUGUUCCCUAGCAAUUCUUCUUUUGUAAUUUCUAUUAUGGGAUCUGUUCGGUCCAUUUCUUUCGCUAUUCCUGUUAUUAUGGCAGCUAUAUUUCAAGGCUCCUCCUUUGCACCCGAGGAUCUAUGGAAGAUGUGCGUAGGUUACGUGGGGGUUGGCCAGGGUAUAUCUCUCUUGGUGACGCUUCUGUUCGUCCCCAUGGCAUCCUUCAAGGCUGCUGCGCCUGCUGCUGUUACAGCAGGAGCAACAGGGUCGGGAGAGCUGCCUCAGGAGGAGCAGCAAAGGGAGGGGUCGCAAAAAGAAGAAUCCCUUUCUACAGAAUCAGCAGCAGCAGCAGCAGCAGCAAGACAGAAAGAUACUCGUUCUUUCUUGCAGCUGCUUGUUGACCCCAAGUUUCUGCUGCUGUUGCCGAUAUUUGUUUGUGCUCUGGUUCGUUCAGAUUACUAUGCAAAAUCAAAUAAAGAACAGCUGGUGACAUCUGAAGGAAAGGAUUUAUAUCAGAUGUUUGCAAUAAUGAAUAUUCUUAGUUUCAUCCCUGGUCCUUUGUUCGGUCGAUUGGUAGAUAAGUAUGGCAUUAUAUUGGUGUUGUUGCUUCUUAACUCAUCUGGGGUGCUGAUGUUUUUGUUUCUAAUCUUUGAUCGCCUCAUUUGCAAGGGUAUUUCAGUGUUUUUCUUCUUCAUAUACACCUCAUUUGUCCUCAGCAAUGUAUACUGUUUCAUAUCGAUCAACUUCCCUGAACAUGCAUUCGGAAAGCUUACAGGGCUUACAUCUGCAACAGGAGGAAUAUUUGUUCUCAUCAGCAUGCUCUGGUAUAAAAAAGUAUUAGAAUAUGAACCCCCAAACAACUUUAUUGUCGUCGAUGCGAUCAUGGUUGCUGCGGGAUUUCUGGUUUAUGCACUUAUCUUUAUUCUGUGGAGAGUCACCAAGAAACAACGCAUACACCCCCAAAUGAAAGGACAAAAAACUCUACCAGAAACAAAUGAACCCUCAUCCACAAUAUCUGUAUAA